UGAGAAAUAAUUACCUGCCUUGAUUGUUCUAUGGGUAGAUACAAAAGUACACAUACGCUCAAAAAAAUAAUCGGAUGCAUGUAAAAUAGAGGGGCAGCAUCGACAUGUCGGCCACGGUUCCCUUAAGUAAUUAUUAUGUAGAUUCCUUGAUAAACCACGAAAGCGAGGAUGUUAUUGCGGCUCGAUUCUCGGGUUCUGGUUCGCACCCUACCGGCCCUCGUCCAACGUCCCUCGUAUCGGAGUGUGGUGACUAUCCCUCCUGCAGCUUUGCCUCUAAACCAUCCGUUUUCACUACAUCCUGGACCCCUGUUCACUCCCAGUCCUCAGUGGUCUACCAUCCAUACAGCCAUCAACCUCAUCUAGGAACGGACUCAAGGUAUGUGCGGUCAUGGCUGGAGCCGAUCUCGGGGGCAAUGUCCUUUCCAGGCUACCCUGCCAACGCCAGACACUAUGGGCUGAAGCCCGACGCCUUCCAGGAGCAUCGAGCCAGUGACUGCCUCGCCUCCAACGGACGCACCUACACGGAUUAUAUAUAUUGCACCACCGCUGACAUCCGAGAAAAGACCCAACCAAACAUCCCUUCUCCCGAGACCGAGCCUUUGGCUUUCGGGAAGCAUAAAGACGAGAAGCCAGAAUUAGACCCGAAUAACCCAGUUGCAAACUGGAUUCACGCGCGUUCAACAAGGAAGAAGCGGUGCCCUUAUUCAAAAUACCAGACUCUCGAACUUGAAAAGGAGUUUUUGUUCAAUAUGUACCUAACCAGAGACCGUCGAUACGAGGUGGCAAGAGUCCUCAACCUCACGGAGAGGCAGGUCAAAAUCUGGUUCCAGAACCGGCGCAUGAAGAUGAAGAAAAUGAACAAAGAAAAAACCGACCGCAACAAAGAACAAUAAUAAAGGAAUGGUUACAACAACGACAAAGAACAAUAAUAAAGGAAUGGUUACAACAACGACAAAGAACAAUAAUAAAGGAAUGGUUACAACAACGACAAAGAACAAUAAUAAAGGAAUGGUUACAACAACGACAAAGAACAAUAAUAAAGGAAUGGUUACAACAACGACAAAGAACAAUAAUAAAGGAAUGGUUACAACAACGACAAAGAACAAUAAUAAAGGAAUGGUUACAACAACGACAAAGAACAAAAACAAGAAUCAGACACAGUAAAAUAACCACUAUUGCCAUGGAUAACAACAAAGAUAAACCAAAAUACAUGACGCCCCUUUCUUAAUGUUGGAUUUUGUGUUGGAUGAUGUUUUUGUUUUUUUAUUAACCCCACCUUCCGUGUUUGAUGCUAAAUAUUUUUUGUUUCUCCACAUGCACCUUUCCCUGUCCAGGUUUAAAAUAACCUUUAAGGAAAGAAAACAUUUGCACUUGUGAAGAUACCUGUAGGCCUCUAUGUUUAUUUACAUAAGGAACAUUUUAAACAUUAAACAUAUUUUGAACAAAUGUAUAACUGUCCCAAAGUAUAAGGAAUGGAACACUGGAAUUAUUUUAAUUUCUACCCUCCAUAAUUUAUGACGUCCGUGCGAAUAUUCCUUACAUGUUUGUUUCUUGUGAAUGUUAUGCAGGUGUUGUGGCAUAUUUUGUACAGAAAGAGAACAUCUGCCCUCUUAACAAAUGUAUGUCUGUCUUGUGUAUAUGUGGUAACGUAUCCGUUCGGUGUACUUAUUUGUGCGUUUCGUAUUAUUUUGAUUGUAUAGACAACACGUGCCAUUCAUUAUAGAAAGUGUAGAUAUAGACCUACUCAAAUAUAAAGAUGAUCAUGAGGCUCUUGUGUUUUCUGUAUUUUCAAGCAAUCUCUUAACAAAACAGACGUAGAUAUGCAUAGAAUCUUACUACCCGUGCAAACCAAUGUAAAACAAAAUAUUGCGACGUAGAGCACACAUUUGAGGCGCUUCAAAUAGACCAAGCCAGUGUAUUAAUGAUGCCAACACAAAUGCACACAAACCAGAUUGCUGUUAACCUGGAGAGAAACAGCUCUAAUACCUUAAAUAGUCGAAUUUCCCCGCAAGUGGAAUAUUGGAAGCAGAUGGAACGUUUCCUAAUCUUCUGUUAGCAUUUCCAGGCUAGGCAGACUCUUAGGGCUACCACGCGCGCCCGUAAAUGGGUGAUUAUUUCGAGUAUGCCAACACCACAAUGAUGUAACUAAAUAUGAUUUAACGAAACAUUUGUGUACUCCUUUUAUAUGGUGUUGUGACACAAAUUUGAAUGCAUUAAUAUAUGUUUACAAGUCCACUAGGUAUGCACAGGCCACCACAAGUAUCCACAAACAACCACAUUUAAACCACAUUUAGGUCUAAUUGUAAACAUCCAAAACAUAUAAAUCAACAUUUAGUAGUCAAAUGUUUUAUAGAACAAAUUAGAUACCGUCAUUACUCAUAACUUGGAAAAAAAUAUAUACACUUAUUUCGUGAUAAAAAUGGCAGACAAACAACCGAAAUGUGGUUGUCAACUUCAUAUGCAAAUUUGACAAAUAAACCUGUGUGUCAUCACAGACCUAACA